GUCACACAGCCGUGAAAUGAAGGCGCAGAGAGGGCGGACAUGACGCCAGUCUCCACAAUUAUUUAAUCCCUAAUAAAUUACCCGCGGAAACUUCCAUGGCAAGAGCCACGAGUCAGAUCUAUGAUGUUGCAUCCCUCCACUCCUCUGUUCUCAUCUCCUGUCCAUCCAUGGUAAGAGGCCAGCAGGACGCGCCCCGUCUCCACGGCAACAGCAUGGAGGGACCGGCCCCGACCCCUCAGCCCACCCAGCCUCGCAAGAAGAGACCCGAGGAUUUCCGAUUUGGCAAAAUACUGGGAGAAGGCUCCUUUUCAACCGUUGUCUUAGCAAAAGAACACUCAACGGGGAAGGAAUAUGCAAUUAAGAUCCUGGAAAAGCGCCACAUAAUGAAGGAGAAUAAAGCGCAGUAUGUCAAAAGAGAGAGAGACAUCAUGUCACACCUGGAUCAUCCGUUCUUUGUCAAACUCUACUUUACCUUCCAGGACGAGGAGAAGCUCUAUUUUGGUCUGAGCUACGCAAAAAAUGGCGAACUGCUGAAAUACAUUCGGAAAAUCGGCUCGUUUGACGAGACCUGCACACGGUUCUACUCUGCGGAGAUAGUUUGUGCUCUUGAGUACUUGCACCAGAAAGGCAUCAUCCACAGAGAUCUGAAGCCAGAGAAUAUUCUACUCAGUGAAGAGAUGCACAUUCAAAUAACAGACUUUGGCACGGCAAAACAACUGUCCUCUGACAGUAAACAGGCAAGAGCAAACUCAUUUGUUGGUACGGCUCAGUACGUCUCUCCUGAAUUACUGACUGAGAAAUCUGCCUGCAAGAGUUCGGAUCUCUGGGCAUUAGGCUGCAUCAUCUACCAGCUUGUUGCUGGAUUACCACCAUUCAGAGCUGGGAAUGAGUAUCUAAUAUUCCAGAAGAUUAUAAAACUGGAGUACGAGUUUCCUGAGAAAUUUUUCCCCAAAGCUAAGGAUCUUGUGAAACAACUUCUGUCAUUGGAUCCGUGCAAGCGGAUUGGCUGUGAGGAGAUGGGCGGAUAUGGACCACUGAAGUCCCAUCCUUUCUUUGAGUCAGUUGGCUGGGAUGCUGUACAUUUGCAGACUCCACCCAAAUUAACAGCGUAUCUGCCAGCCAUGUCCGAAGAUGAUGAGGAUUGCUAUGGAAACUAUGAUGAUCUGUUGAGCCAGUUCAGCUGUAUGCAAGUGGCACAACCUGGCCCCACCCCUUUAGUUCCCUUUACAGGAGAGAUGAGUCAUCCUACAUAUAACCCCUCCCCUAGUGUGGAUCAGUUUAUACAUAUUCAUGAGCUUGACAGUAAUAGCAUGGAGCUUGACAUGCAGUACAGCGAAGAGGAGAAACGCAUUCUAUUGGACAAGCAGUGUGCGGCUAACCCAUGGCACCAGUUUGUGGAGAAUAACCUCAUCCUAAAAAUGGGCCCAGUGGACAAACGCAAAGGUCUGUUUGCGCGGAGGAGACAGUUGCUACUGACUGAGGGCCCUCAUCUGUACUAUGUGGACCCCGUCAAUAAAGUUCUGAAAGGAGAGAUCCCAUGGUCACUUGAAUUGCGGCCUGAAGCAAAGAACUUCAAAACUUUCUUUGUUCACACGCCAAACCGGACGUACUAUCUAAUGGACCCAAGUGGCAAUGCUGAUAAAUGGUGCAAGAAAAUCCAGGAAGUCUGGAGGAAGAUCUACCACAAACAUCAGAGCCCCAGCCUAUAGGACUACAGCUCCACCUUAUGGCCACACUCCCACAGUCCUCCAACCAAUCACAGAGCAGGGACACGCCCCUGUAGAGACGCCUCUCCAGCUAUAUAUUAUCUUUCUGUCUCUUCAUGUAUCGCUCCCUGGCACUUUCUCCGUUCGGAUUCAGUUUUCACGCAUCGAGUGUGGAGCCUUCACAACCAAAAGCAGCGAGGUCUGCAUGUUAUGUUGGCUAGCAAUGCAUAGACAGCCUAAAGAAAACCUUACUCACAUAGUUAGAUGACUAUACAAGUCUUUCCAUCAGUUUUUAAGCGAUGCAAGUAAUGAACACUUUUGAGUCGUGCAAUUCCCACCCGAUUUUAACAAAACACAUGUACACUUUCAUUCUUACGCAACACAUUCACACACACUCAACCCCUAACCUUGAAAUACCUAAACACUUCUCUCCGGUGGAGUGUGUGUUGCUUUCGUCUGUGUUUAGAGUUAAGGCGGGUCCUUUUUACCCUUAUUGGCUACAGUAGCUGGUCUUGCUGAAUUCUGAUUGGAGGAUGUGGUGUUGAAUGUCUCUGAGGUAUCCCUUAGCAUGUUUGUAUUCUGAAUAAAUCUUUAAAAAAAAACACAUCAGGAGAUGUCACCACCACCACACCUCAACAAUCACCACAGAAACCACAUGAGUAAUGUGGUUUGAGAGGGUAAUUCUCCCCGGCCCAGAGCUAAAAGCAAGACUGAUGUUCCUGUUUCGCUGUUUUCCUUUAAAAGGGAAAGUUCACCCCAAAAUGAAAAUUCUGCCAUAAUUUACUCACCCUCAUGUUGCUCUAACUCCAUAUGACUGACUUUCAUCUGUGGAACAUAAAAGGAGAUGUUAGGCAGAAUGUUAGUCACCAUUCAAGGCUUACAUUCUGCUUUAUGUCUCAUUUUGCAUUCCCCAAAAGAAAGAAAAUAUGUUUGGAACAACAUGAGGGUGAGUGAAUGACAGUUGUCAUUUUUGGGUGAACUAUCCCUUUAAUUGCUUGCAAUGUGACCAUAUGCAUUGCUGACUGGAGGCUUUUGAUGGAGGGGCAGCCUGUGAGUGUCUGUUUGGCUUCUCUCUCUCAUAUGGCCAUUUUUAACAGGAAAUCCGUGGGCAUGAGUGCGACUGACAGACUGAGUGAGAAUGUGUGCGCGUAUGUGUGUGUCUUCCUGAUUGGUAACAGAUGACUGUGAUGUACAGUUGAUGUAAUAUUGAAAUGGGAGGUGAGUAUAGAGGCGACUCUAGGAUCCAGGUUUUGUAUUUUUAUUCUUAAAUAAGGUUAUUGGGCUGCUCCGUUCUGCCCUGACUUCUCCGUGUUAUUUAAAUUCUAAUAUAUGAAAGCAUAUUUGGAUUGAAGUCAUGUUCCAGGGCCUUGCUGUGUAUGUAUUGAAUAUGUAAAGCCUUUGAAUGUGAAAAAUUAUUGUAAACUAUGAUAUUUUACUGCUUUUGUUUUCUUACUAUAUCAUAUACAUUUUCUAUUUGCGCAGUGAUUGGCUCAUUUCUGAUAAUUUAAUGCCUGUUUGCACACAGCCCCGCUUGUCUGUGUGUGGGCACGUGUGUUUGUGUGUGAUACAGUGGGUGUGUGUGUGGGGCCCUUGUGCGCGUAGGCAAUGUGUGUAUUCUUGUCGGCCUUUUGCGCUCAGCAAAACCUAGAAUUGAAAUAAAGCAUGUAGGGUUUUAGGCCAACA